CCCAUCUCAACACACUCAAUUGACUAACUUUAACUCCAAAUUCGAGACCAACUAGAAGUCCCAUCAUCACAUAAUGCGCUAGCGGGCCAACAAACAUCAGCAAGUCUGCAUUGCGAGCUCCAAUUCCAUGUUCUAUUGAGUCAUCAUUGCUUUGAGUCAGCCCGUCGAACUGCUAUAUCUUUUAGGCCCCAAGGCUGAGGUAUAGCUCUACUAAAGUAGCUCUUCUGCAUCAAGUCUUCGGCCAGUAAAGACGGCCCAGUGACCAUGGCACAACCGAACUCCAUAUUGGCGCAAGAUCAAGCUGCACUGGUCGAUAUCAGGCCUUUGCUGCAGCGCCUCUGGCCUGAUCCGGAGAAGGAGCUGGUAACGUCGCACGAAAUCGCCGAGGCCAUUGGCCACAUCUUCACCAACAGCUUGAGCCCCGUCCAGACGGGCUCUCUGCUCACAGCGCUACACUUUACCGGAUGGGAUCGCCGCGCAGACGUCUUGGCCAAGUCAUCCGCAGCGAUGCGCCAGGCCUCGGCCAAGAUAGACAUCGAAGGACUCAAAGCCGUUGUCGCAAAACGAGGGCGAAAGGAGGGUGGAUAUGAGGGCGGCUUGUGCGACAUAGUAGGCACCGGCGGCGAUAGCCACAACACCUUCAACAUCUCAACGACUUCAUCCAUCCUCGCCUCGACGCUGCUUCUACUCUCAAAACAUGGCAAUCGCGCCAGCACCUCCAAGUCCGGCUCCGCCGACCUUCUUCUCUCUAUGACGCCCCGCGCUCCGCCCCUCUCCCGCAUCACGCCCCAAACCAUUACCGCCGUCUAUGACCACACUAACUACGCCUUCCUAUUCGCGCCCGUCUUCCACCCAGGCAUGAGGUACGUGGCACCCAUCCGCAAGGAGCUCGGCUGGCGGACAAUAUUCAACCUGCUGGGGCCUUUGGCGAACCCCGUCGACGUCGCUAUCGAGGCGCGCAUGCUCGGCGUAGCACGGGAUGAUCUGGGCCCUGUGUUCGCCGAGGCGCUGCGGAUAGCGGGCGCCAAGAAAGGCCUCGUGGUGUGCGGUACGGAGCAGCUUGACGAAAUUUCGUGCGCGGGGCCAACGCUGUGCUGGCAAUUGGUCAAGGGGGUCAAUGGGACGGAAGUAGAGCAUUUCACCCUGACACCUGAGGACUUUGGGUUGCGUCGACACCCGUUGUCGACUGUGAGUCCCGGGAAGGAACCCGUGCAGAAUGCGGCUAUUCUGCGUAGAAUUCUUCAGAACGAGAUGCCUGACGACGAUCCGAUACUCGAGUUCGUGCUAUUGAACACGGCGGCCUUGUUUGUGGUGAGCGGGAUUUGUGAUGCGGAUACGAGUAGCAUGGGCGAAGGCGAUGAUGGACAAGUUAUCCAGGAGAGAGGACCUGGUGGGGGCAGAUGGAAAGAAGGUGUAAGGAGGGCGCGCUGGGCGAUCAAGAGUGGAGAGGCCUGGAAGAUGUGGGAGAGUUUUGUCGAGGUUACGAACUCCUUUCCGGGUUGAGGGGGCCAUUGGAUGACUGAUUUAUGGAGUAAAUCCAAUGCGAUCAUAGACUCUAAUCCGGGUCUACUGCGCUCGUGUGCCUUUUUCAUGCCACUUCUUCAGUGGCAUGAAUGAACUGCUGGUUGAUGGGUUAAAAAGGGUUAUGAACGAACAAUUGAUCUGGUUGGACUUACACGGGCCGGUAUUAAAACAGGUUAACAUACCAGAUGAACAAAACUUGAUUAGACGCCUAAUAACAUCUUCCACUUCUCGAGUUUUUGG